AUUGCCGAGAAAAUUAUUAUCAACUUUUUUUUUCUCUUUCUCAGCAAUCGGAAACAAUUAAAAAAAAAAACACAAUGAAGAAGACACCGUAACGAAACGAAUCAUCUCAAAUCCAAUUUGUUCUUUCUCUUCCUCUUCCAGAUUCAUUUUUAUUUUCUCUUUCUAGGAAUGUUCUGUUGUUCGUGGGAUACUCUGGAAUCAUGAGAUUAAGAUUUUGAAGGUUUGAAAAAAGCAGAUCCGUGUUCGUCUCUGAGAAUUUAGGGCUCUAUGUGGAUUUAAGAGGCUUUUGAUUUUGUGAAAAUUUGGGGGAAGAUAAUGUUUAAGCAGCUCCUGAGUAAACUUCCUCGGAAGUCUUCAAAAUCUGAUUCUGGAGGAGAGCUGAAUCGUUCGAGUUCCGGUCAGAUUGCGUCACCGGUUCAGAGAUCCGGAGCUAGUGGUGGUGGUUCGGGUCCGGUUCGAUCUAACUCGGGGAAGCGGAUGUCUUCAGCUGUGUUUCCAGCGAGUGUUGUUGCUGGGAUUGAGCCUUUGGUACCGUUCAAGGAUGUACCAAGCUCGGAGAAAUUGAAUCUCUUUGUGAGUAAAGUUAGUUUAUGCUGUGUGACAUUCGAUUUCUCCGACCCGGGUAAAAACUCGAUUGAGAAAGAUGUUAAAAGGCAGACAUUGUUGGAGCUUUUGGAUUUUGUUGCUUCAGGGUCUGUUAAGUUUACUGAGCCGGCUAUUCUCGCAAUGUGUAGAAUGUGUGCUGUUAAUCUCUUUAGGGUUUUUCCUCCGAAUUACCGGUCUAGUGGUGGUGGCGAAAACGACGAUGAUGAGCCAAUGUUCGAUCCUGCUUGGCCGCAUUUGCAAAUCGUCUAUGAUUUGCUGCUUAAGUUCAUCACUUCUCCGUGUCUUGAUGCUAAAUUGGCAAAGAAGUAUCUAGAUCAUGCUUUCAUUGUGAGGUUGCUUGACUUGUUUGAUUCGGAGGAUCCUAGAGAACGGGAGUGUUUGAAGACGAUUCUGCAUCGGGUAUAUGGGAAAUUCAUGGUUCAUAGGCCGUUUGUCCGCAAGUCCAUGAGCAAUAUAUUCUACCGGUUUGUGUUUGAGACAGAGAAGCAUAGCGGUAUCGCAGAGCUUUUGGAGAUAUUUGGGAGUAUAGUGAGUGGAUUUGCUUUGCCUUUGAAAGAGGAGCACAAGAUCUUCUUGUGGAGAGUGUUGAUUCCAUUGCACAAGCCUAAAUCUGUUGGAAACUACUUCCAGCAGCUAUCUUACUGCAUUACUCAGUUCAUAGAUAAGGAGCCCAAACUGGCUAGUGUUGUGAUAAAGGGUUUACUGAAGUUUUGGCCUAUCACAAACAGUCAAAAGGAAGUGAUGUUUCUCGGGGAGGUCGAAGAGAUUUUAGAAGCAAUGAGUGUUAUGGAAUUCCAAAAGAUCAUGGUCCCUCUGUUCUUGCGGAUUGCUUGCUGUGUAACCAGUUCCCACUUUCAGGUUUCCGAAAGAGCUCUAUUCUUGUGGAACAACGAUCAAAUUGUGAACUUGAUUGGACACAACCGGCAAGCCAUCUUACCAAUCAUGUUCACUGCCUUAGAAAAGAAUGCUCAAAACCACUGGAACCAAUCCGUACUAAAUUUAACCUUAAACGUGAGAAAAAUGUUCUGUGAAAUGGAUGAGGCUCUGUUCAUGUCUUGCCACGCCCGCUUUAAGGAGGACGAAGCAAAAGAAUGUUCUGCAGCAGAAAAGAGGAAAGAAAUUUGGGAAAGGCUAGAGAACGCAGCAAGCAUGAAGCCGGUAACAGGAAAGACGGCUGUUCUGGUAACUCCUCGAGCGACCUCCAUUGCCUGCUAACUAGCGCUUAAACCAAUUCACGGACAUUUAAAGAAAACGAAGCAGCAACAUCGGAAGAAGAGGAUGGAGUGGCUGUUGGUAAAAAGGCGUAAAGCUAUGGUCAUUAAAACUUUUCAUCAGGGUUGACCGUUGUAAUAUUAUAUAACUUUGAUGUUGUUAGCUGUGUGGGUUUUAAUGCUAAAUCUCUUGCUUCCUUUUAAAGCAAUGAAACCAUGCUGCAGAUUUUUAUCAAACUCUUUGUAUCAAUCAAUUAAGUUUAUAUAUUCUUUUUCUUUCAA